AUGUCCUAUGCGCUUGAAACUAAGAAGCGCAAAUUCCACAGAGUCCUCGAGUCCCUAACGAAACCCUCGAAUCCCGAAUCCUCAAAGCAGCCCGCGAGCUCUGCGACAGCUCAGCAUGGCCCGUCUGCGAAACGGGCCCGCCUAAGCGGCCGAGAUGAUAGUAUCCUCGGCUCUGUACGGAAAGACAUUCUCAAGAUUGCGCGACCUGUUUCGCGCGCCUCGUCCGUAUCGUCGCAAUCCCGACCUAGCUUCGUUCCCUGGGACCGCGACCGUUUUCUAGAGCGGUUGGAGACUUUUCGGCGAGUAGACCGUUGGUCACCGAAACCCUCUGCGGUAAAUGAGGUGGAAUGGGCCAAACGUGGCUGGAUCUGUACGGACGUUGCACGUGUUACGUGCGUGGGAGGGUGUGGUGGCUCCGUUGUUGUUAAAAUCCCCGACGAGCUUGACGAGCUGGAUGGCUAUGAUGGCGACAAGAUACAGGAAAGGAAGGAUGUCCGUGCCAAGCUCGUACAGGAAUAUACAGGUCGUAUAGUUCAAGCGCACGGGGAGAAUUGCCCGUGGCGCAACAAGGGCUGUGAUGGUUUGUCUCAAUCCCCUAUCUGGGGAAAUGGAUGUUUUGACUUACAAAGCUCAGCUACGAUCCAUCGACUGCCUUUGACAAAUCCGGACACCGCAAUCUCUCAUCUGCAGUCGCGCUAUUCGCAUUUACUCAAGAUGGCCAACCAGUUGCCCGAACCUGACUCCCUACAAACACCGGAAGGCUUCAACGCUAAGGACAUAAUCUCUAUUCUGCCUGCGGGGGCAUUGCAGCCAUCGGACGUACGCCAGGAAACUACAGAGACACAGGAAUUCAGCUCAGACGACAAUCAAGAACAUAUAUCCCAACCUUCGUCUCAGAGCGGCACUCUGAUUAACGAGUCAGCAUUUACUCUAGCCUUUCUCGGUUGGGACUCUGUUGGAGGGGCUCAGGGCGUCGCUGGGUGCAGUAUGUGCUUCCGACGCCUAGGUCUUUGGAUGUACAAGCCAAAGAGCAACGGGGAUGAACCUGUCCAUGACCCACUAGACGUCGCUAACGAGCAUAUGGAAUACUGCCCAUGGAUCAAUGGCAGGGCUCAAAGUGGUACAGGAAAACCUUCUGAGAAACCAGAGAGGUUUCACAGUGGGUGGGAGCUUCUGGCCCAGGCACUCAAAGUGAAGCAUCUACGACAGGCCCGAACAAACACCCCUAUGAGUAGUCGAGCUGGAUCAGAAGCACCUACUGCAGACGAACCUGUGAUCGACGAACAAAAUGACGAUAUAAGGAGAGCCAAGGACCGAGAGUGGUGGGCCAAAAUUCGCCGGAUGAGACAGGUGCUGAAUAUUAAAUCUCCAAGAAGAAAACCAUCAACAACAUAA